AUGAUGGCGAGAUACAGCCUGGCUGGCGUUCAUGCCGCUGGUCGACUGCCGCGACGCCCAAUUAUAAGGAUGUACAGCUCUAUGGAGUGCAGGAGACCCCUCGGUGCUGCCUUGACAAACUCCGAAAACACUGACCCCUCUGUUGGUGUAAAGCGCCUCAGUCGCAAACGGUACUCCGCGGCCAAUACGAGAGGACGAUCCAAACACAUUUACGACAUCAUCACUUCGUUAAAGUCAGUUACUAAAGAAGAAGCAACUGCGUCAUUUGAAAGAUUGCACCCCCGCGACAAACUGGAUGUCAUGCGUGCUCUUAAUCGACGUUGUGGACGCCGUUCUUGUAACCUUCCCACCUACAGGAGCCAUCUUUUUGAGAAGUAUUUUUACUUCAAGGAGGAAGACCUGUGCGAACAAAGCACACUUGGCCGUGGACCUGGUGGACAGGCAACCAACCGACGAAUGCAAACUGCAAUAAUAAAGCACAUUCCAACAGGAAUUGUUGUGAAGUUCAGCAAGUUCCCAUCGUACUGGCUUAACCGCAGAGCAGCACGAGAGAUUCUUAAUCUGCGUCUCGAAGAGCACAUCUUAGGAUCCAAAUCCAGACUUGGCCACAUUAAAGAGUGUCAAGAGAAGAGACGGUUGCGCCAACUUCGAGUGACACAGCGGUUAGUGGAGAAAGGUAACAUUAUUGCGGCAAAGGUGUCACAACAGCAUGAGUUUCACGCGGUUCUUACGGGUGCGUCACCCUUCCCUUCUGUUGUACUGAUGCAGUUGGGGCCCAGCUAUUCUGGCCAUGCUCUCUUCAUCUCAGAUCUUUUCGAGGGGGAGUGCAGCAGAUGGUGGGAAAUGCUUUCAUCUGCGUUUCUCCGCAUGAACACCAACAAUUGCAACGACAACCCUACUCUACCCGAGUUAUUUCUUUAUGUUUUCCCAGCAGUGUAUUUUUCUUUGCAGCCGCCGACGUGUGUCGAAAAAUAUGAAUGGGGGGAGAUACAAAAAUGCUCCAAUGAUGAGGCAGCUUUGCGUAAUGUGAUGUGUGGACUUCGGUGCUUUGUCGAACUCUUCGGUCUGCGUAUGCAUGAGAAGUGCUUGACAGCGUGUGGCGGAGAAAAGCGCAGUGUCUUGCUGCUCGAGCCCGAUGGCUUGAACUGGGUGGAGCAUAAGGGGCGGAUGGUGGCAAGCACCGCGAAGAUGACACCGCUAGCACUAACUUGCUUCUCACAUUUGGUGCUGAGCCUCUCACAACUGCGGUGUACACGCGAGGCGAAGGCUGUUGUGGCAUUCUUCCGGCGCACGGCUAAGGCGGAGGCGGGAGGGGGCGACCAUUGGGCCGCACAGGGCUGGAAGGCGACGCACAGCGUGAUAAAACGCCACGAGUCGUUACAGCAUUCCAGGGAAGGAUGA